GCCUUCCCUUGGUCUCCAACAAGUUCAAACGACACUCUGCCUUCAAUUUUCAAGGAUAUCGCUUCUGAUUUGGCCUGUGGUUUUACAGGGCUUGCAGAAUCGUUUAGACGCAAAACUGGCGCUCUUAAUAACCCCCUUUUUGAGGUCCAAUGCUUCGCCAAUCUGAAAAUCACUGACGACAAGUAAUUAUAUUUUGGUCUUGAUUUUAUGGAUACCUCGGAAAAUUCCGGUAGUUCGUAUUCCAAUCAACCCGAUUCAACAACAACUCAUAGAGGUACUGCAAGCAAUGAAGAUGGAAAUCGAAAGGAGGAUGAGGCGGGACCCUCUUCCUCUUCUGCAGAUCAUCACCAAGCCCCUUCAAGCUCUACAAGUGGAAAUUUUGAGUGUAAUAUUUGCUUGGAGCAGGCGACAGAUGCUGUAGUGUCACGAUGUGGUCAUCUAUUCUGUUGGCCGUGUCUACAUCAGUGGAUGGAAGUGAAGAAAACUCUGGCUGUCUGCCCAGUUUGUAAAGCCGCCAUUAGUCGAGACUCGGUUAUCCCUCUCUAUGGUAGGGGAGCAGAUCACAAACAAGAUCCUCGCAAUAAAGUCCCCCCUAGACCGCAAGGUGUAAGGACAGAACCGGAACGACAAAGAGAAUUCCCCUUUUCUCCAUUCAACAUUUUCGGUGGAAACACGGAUGUUGGAGGUGGUGGUGGUGGUGGAAGCGGUGUUCAGGUAUCCUUCGGAUUCGCUCCCUUCCCUUUCGGUCUAUUUGCAACCUCUUUCAAUUUUGGUGGAGGUGGAAAUGGAGCCGCAACUAAUAAUCCUGGCGGACAAAAUAACAAUCAAGCUGAGGUUGAGGUCCUCUCAAAAUUCUUCCUUGCACUUGCAAUUUUCUUCAUUGUCUGGCUCCUCAUGUCUUAUUCUGGGGCAGGUACAUCACAGGGAGUACAGAAUCGAGCCGCUUUUCCCGGGUACUCAAUAUCCCUUUCGUCGUCAAUGACGUCGAAUUCAAAUAGCAAUAGUGAGAACGUACUCUAUAGAGCCAUCAGACAGUCAGUUCAAACAGCUCACGGCUCGUUUGGAGUGGGUCGAAUGAUGACCCGAUUUAAGAUCAUCUACUGGAAUCCUGUGUCAGGACUCCUUAUAAUUCGGGUGCUUCGAGGUCUUACUACAGAACAGAUGACCUCCGCAUUGUCUCUCAUAACUUCUGUGCCUGAUGGUAAGUAG